UCUGCGAGCUGCAGGAGGAAAAAAAGAAGAAGAAGUUUUUGGUCGGGACCAGUUCUGAUGGCGUGCUGGUCUCGGAGGGUCCGAGGAGCGUCCCGCCGCCGCGAUGCUGAGACGUGAAGCUUCGCUGAGGAGCGUGGUCAUGUGACCUCUAGGGCGAGAAGGUUCCAGAAUGUUUCCCGUGUGGCUCCUCCUGCUGGCCUGGCCGGUCAGCGCCCAGGUGACCGUGCCGGGAGGAGACGCGAGCAAGGAGGACUCGCUCGGCAACUCCACCGGCCCCGCAGACGCCGAAGGGGCCGGGGGCGCCGCCAACGCCUCGCAAGCCCCGCCAGAGGACGACUGGAGCCCGGCGGAGGACUUCCUGUACACCGGAGAUUCGUCCGCUGUGGAGGCGGCGCGCUGCUCGCGGGCCUUCAGCCCGGCGGGUCGGUCCGGGCCGCUUCCGGACAGCUUCGGCGCCCCCUUGAAGCCGGCGCUGGACGCUCUGGCCAACACGGCCAACUUCCUGAACAUGAUCUUCCAGGCCAGCGACCUGCGGGAGAGUUCGGUCCAGGAGGACAUGGAGUGGUACCACGCCCUGGUCCGCGCCCUGCUGCAGGCCGACGGGCUGGUCCGGCGGGCCCUGCUCACCUUCGACUGCGACCCCGCCAGCCCGGCGCCGCAGCUGGUGCUUCGCGCCAGCCGGGGUCUGGCAACCAAGGUGCCGGCCAUUGUGCUGCAGGACCUGUCCAAGACCUGGGACCGCCUGCACCCGCCGCCGCCCGCCCCCGACGACGGCUGGUUCCGCCGCUUCAAAUUCCCGGAGUCUGGCGCGGUCCAGCCCGCCCUGUCCAAGAGGGUGCUCCUCAAUGACCUCAGCACCUUGGACACACCCAAGUGGGGGCGGGGCGACAGCUACGUGACCAAUGGUAGCGCCGUCCGCUGGGCCGGCGCCCCCUACCUGGACUGCCGGGAUGGCCGCUUUGUGCCCAGGUGGAUGCUCACCUUGUCCACAUCCUUCUAUGGACUCAAGCCGGACCUGACUCCCGAAUUCAGGGGCGUGGUCCGUGUGGACGUGGACAUCCAGGACGUGGACCUGGACCAGUGUGCCACAGGGGACGGCUGGUUCGCCGACACGCACCAGUGCAACCGCACCAGCAUGGAGUGCGUGCCAAUCAAGGGGCGGGGCUUCCGUCUGGGUCAGUACUGUUGUCGCUGCACAGAAGGAUACUACAACCCUGACGCCACCGAUCCAGACGCAGAUGGCGGCGGCGGCGGCGGCGGCGUGAACGCCAGCGAGAGCGGGGGGUGUUACCCGUCCAUGCCCACCUGUUUGCCGUGUUGGCCGGACUGCAGGCGCUGCCAGGACGGCGCCCCCUGCCGGGUGCAGGAGGACUGGCUGCUGAGGGCGGGCGUGCUGGCUGUCCAGGGGACCUUCAUGGCGCUCGUCUUCAUCAGCAUGCUGGCGGCUUACCGCCAUCGCCGUAGCAGGAGGAUCCGGGCGUCCGGUCUGCUGCUGCUGGAGAUCAUCUUGUUCGGCUCGCUGCUCCUCUACUUCCCCGUCUUCAUCCUGUACUUCAGGCCCAGUACCUUCAGGUGUAUCCUUCUUCGCUGGGUCCGAAUGUUGGGUUUCUCCAUCGUCUACGGAACGCUCACCCUGAAGAUGUACAGGGUGCUGAAAGUGUUCCUAUCCCGCACAGCCCAAAGGGUCCCGUACAUGUCCAGCCUCCACCUACUGAGGAUUCUGGGAGUGAUGCUGAUGACGGUCAGUUGGUUCCUGUGCGCCUGGACAGUGGGGGUUCUGCAGAACCGCGACCGGAACAUUCCAGUGUUUGUGACAGGCAGCACAUCAGAGGGCCAGGACUUCAACCUGUGCUACCUGGACCGCUGGGACUACAUGAUGGCGGUUGCUGAGCUCCUGUUCCUGUGCUGGGGAAGCUCCCUGUGGACCGCAGUCCGGCCGGUGCCCUCAGCCUUCCACGAGCCUCGUUACAUGGGCAUCGCUAUCCACAACGAGCUGCUUCUUUCCACCAUGUUCCACCUGUGCAGGUUCACGUUUCCUUCUCUGCAUCCUGAUUGGAUGCUUCUGCUCUCCUUCGCACACACCCAUGUGACCAUCACUGUGACGCUCGCGCUACUCUUCAUCCCAAAGUUUCUGUACAUGAGCAAACCUGGCAGAGAGGAAAUUGCUGCUGAGGUGUACGAAGAUGAGGUGGACUUGCGGCGGUCUUAUCUCAACAGCAGCUUCCGCUCUGCUUGGAGCGAGCGCAGUGUGGACCCUGACGACUUUCGGGAUGAACUGAAGAGGUUGUAUUCCCAGUUAGAAGUGAAGAAAGCUAAGAAGAUGAGCACAAACAAUCCUCACUUGUCAAAGAAGCGAAGUUCUCGAUGUGCCUUGGGGAGAUCCAUCAUCAAACGAAUUGCUGAAAUCCCAGAAUCUGUGAGCCGACAGUGCAGUCGGGAGGAUAGUAGAAGUGGGAAUCACUCUGGGUCUAUCAGGAUGGCCGCAGACAACUUCAGCAUCAGAAGUUCAAUAAAGUCUCCAUCCCUGUCUCUAUGUAAGUCCCAAAGUGAUCAGUACUACGUCCGGGAGAGGGAGUCCUCGCGGAACUCGUCUAUGCUAAUGAUCAACACUCUGAAAAUAUCCUCUCAGAGAUCCGAGACAGACUCUUUAGACAUCCAUCCAGCAGUCUGCAAAUCAGUCAGUGCUCAAAAUUUGACAAUUGACACCAACCUGCUGCACCCUGACCAUACCCGGCUUCACAAGUCCUGGAGUCUCACGUCCACUACCAACAAUUCUAUGGACUUCAUGACCAAGGCUACUGGAUCCAGGCAGAGCCUCUCCAUUGGCGAGCAAACGAGGAGCGCUCUGCAGUCUGAGUCUUUUGACAAAGAUGAGGUUUGUCCUUGGGAGGUGAAGCAAGAACAAUUUGGGGAAAAAAGCCAUAAGCAUGUAACCUACGCAAACUCUCAGGAUGAAGAGGCGCAGAGUCCAACCUCACCAGUUGCUCUCGUAUGUCCCUGGGACCACCUACUGCCUCUGGAAAAUAAUCUGGCACAAGACAAGGGUGAAUCCGAACCCUCCAAGCCACAGGCUCCAGUCUCCGCGAGCGCGCCAGGAUCUCCAAGACCCAAUGUCAAUAAAGAUCAGCGUGUCUUUUCUUUCCGAAACACCACAACCAAGUGGCUGUCUGUCAAAUCCUUCCUGACUUCCGUGGAAUCAGCUAGCAGGACCAGCAAGGAUGAAACUUUAAAUAGAGAAGAUUCCGUAUCACAGAAAAGUCAAGAAAGUGGCUCCUUGACAUCCAGGUCAGGAGUGCCCAGCAGACAUCCAAGUAUGGAAAGGAGAACCCUGCAGAAAAGAAGCAUGACCACCACAGAUGGAAAACCCUGCCUUGUCAAGCAGAAUGCCAUCAGGCUGUCCUCUGGAGAUUCUUCUGACAGGAGUCCAAGAAGGCUGGUCAUUGUAAAGUCAGCCAUAUAUCCUGGAGACACAGAUGAUAUUCAAACAGACGGAACAUACGAAAACGUCUUUCUAUCCAGGCAAAGUAGUAAACGAAGCAGCAUCAAAUCCUGGGAAACAGCCAGCAACUCAAGAACGCCUUCAACUCACAGAAGAAGAGGAAGCAAAAGGCUUCCUGUUGUCCGAAAUGUGUCUCAGGCAGACAUUUGUCCAUGGGACGGAGUCAGUGUUUUACAGCAAUCUGAGGGCUCCAAGAAGCAGCAUAGCAUUAAAGCAGACAUCGAUUCAAAUGUGUGUCCUUGGGAGUCUCACCAACAAGACACGGUUAAAAGACAAGAAAGCAGCCGUCCUGACGUUUGUCCCUGGAAGUCCCAAGAUGUUCCUGCGACUUCUUACGCCGCCUCCUCAAAAACACAACUGUCUCUGAAACGUUCUGCAGACGUUUGUCCCUGGGAGACAGCAGAAAUACCCUUACCAAUAAUUAAACAAGACAGUGAGUAUGCAAAUGUCUGUCCUUGGGACGUUCAAGACGUUGCCGACGUUGUAUAUGAGAACCUAAAUUCAAUCGAGACCAAAGGAUCGCUGAAGGUGCCCUCAAGAAAAGAAGCAAUGAAAGCUGCAGUAUAUCCUGAUGUGUCAGAUCAGGGAAACCUUAACCCCGCUAAAUCUCCCAUGGUGCUUAUGGACAGAAAAAUGACCAAGACAGAAGAAAGUUGUCCAUGGGAUUUCCCAGAUCCCCCCCAUAUUAUGGAGGAUGGUAGUCUUUUGGAAGAGGGCAAGGCGGAAGCAACGAGAGUAUUGCCUUCGCAAAUUAUCAUCAAGGCAGACGUCUGUCCCUGGGAUAGUGGAAUACAAGACACACUAAAUGAGCCACAAAAAUCUCCUUUAUCUUUGGAUGUUGCAUCCGCUCAAAAGGAGGCUACUAAUGUUAGUGUUAAUGUAUGUCCAUGGGACACUGAGCCAUCACUAUCAGUAAAAAUUGACACAAUGUCUAAAAAUCCCAAAAGACAAGAGACUGCUAAAGCAAAUGUAUGUCCAUGGGAGGUAGAGGAAGAAAUGACAGCCAUAACAGAAAUAUCAGGACAGCCAACACAGAGUACAAAUUCACGCCAAACCGAAACGCAGAAAGUUCAGGAGAAACAGGACAGUGUUCGAUCAGAUGUUUGUCCAUGGGAGACAGAAGAACACAGAGUAGUGACAAAGCAGGAAAGUUCUCGAGAAAGUGUUUGUCCCUGGGAGACUGAAGAGCCAAAAGUACUGAAAAAGCAGGACAGUGCUAGAACAGAUGUUUGUCCUUGGGAGGUGGAUGAACCAAAGGCUUUGGUAAAGCAGGACAGUUCUAGAGAGAAUAUUUGUCCAUGGGAAACUGAAAACACAAAGUCUGUAAAGAAGCAAGAUAGCACCAGAGGAGAUUUUUGUCCCUGGGAGACCGAAGAGCCACAAGUACUAACAAAACAGGACAGUUCUAAAGCAGAUGUUUGUCCUUGGGAGGUGGAGGAACCAAAGGCUUUGGUUAAGCAGGACAGUUCUAGAGAGAAUAUUUGUCCAUGGGAAACUGAAAACACAAAGUCUGUAAAGAAGCAAGAUAGCACCAGAGGAGAUGUUUGUCCCUGGGAGACCCAAGAGCCACAAGUACUGACAAAGCAGGAUAGUUCUAAAACAGAUGUUUGUCUCUUGGACAAAGCAGGAGCUAAUGUUCUCAGGAGAGAGGACAGCUCUCAGGCCAGUGUCUGUCCAUGGGACAUUGACGACUCAACGGUCCUGCAAAAGCAAGAAAGUGUACAUCCAGAUGUCUGUCCAUGGGAGAUAAACGAAACAAGAAGUGUCGAAGACCAUUAUGUCUCUGGAACCCACGAUUAUCCUGGUGGUGAGGUCCAGGAUCUGCAACCACCAAGCAUCCCUUAUGAAGUCCCAGAGAACCAAGGUCCGCUCAGCGACGAGCAGGUGGACAGUCCUAAGGGGAGCCUGGCACUGGGUCGCCGUGACGCUUUGUGUCCCUGGGAGAUGGUAAGAAGCAGGUCCGGAUCGUUCACAGACAACAACUCGGAUGUUUUCACCUGGGAGCCUGAGAACAUCCCUGAGGAGGACGAGGAGGACGAUGCUGAGUGUGCCGCUGAGGCGCUUAUAUUCCCUCCAGACCUUUGAGCUCUCCUGAGAGCGAUAAGACCUUGAGAAACUAGACGGCAGACUUAGACGCUGUACUGUCCCAUGCAGAGACAAUUUGGUUAGGGAGUGAGCGGAUGGACCGAAAUUAACUGAUUCAACAUGUUAAUGAAGGACAUCAAAGUACAAACCCUGUUUCCAUAUGAGUUGGGAAAUUGUGUUAGAUGUAAAUAUAAACAGAAUACAACGAUUUGCAAAACCUUUUCAACCCAUAUUCAAUUGAAUGCACUACAAAGACAAACUCAUAAACUUUAUUUUUUUUUGCAAAUAAUUACCUUAGAAUUUCAUGGCUGCAACACAUGCCAAAGUAGUUGGGAAAGGGCAUGUUCACCACUGUGUUACAUCACCUUUUCUUUUAACAACACUCAAUAAAUGUUUGGGAACUGAGGAAACUAAUUGUUGAAGCUUGGAAAGUGGAAUUCAUUCCCAUUCUUGUUUUAUGUAGAGCUUCAGUCGUUCAACAGUCCGGGGUCGCCGCUGUCGUAUUUUACGCUUCAUAAUGCGCCACACAUUUCUGAUGGGAGACAGGUCUGG